UCCUCCCCCCGCGUCCCCGGCGCGCGGCUCGGAGCUCUGGGCGCGCGGGGCUGCCGGCCGGGCCGGGUGGGGACUGCACCGCCCCGCGGGCCCGCACCGCUGGACGCUGCCGGGACGGACCCUCGGCCGGGCGCCUGCACCUGCGCCCGCCCCUCGGAGGUCUGCCCGGCCUGCUUCCAGGAGCUCGGCCCGCCGCGGCCCGCCAUGGUGCUCCCGGGAGCACUGCUGCCGCCCAGCCUCACGCUGCUGCUGUUCCACCUCUCCAGCUCCCAGGAUCUCUCCAGCGAGCCCAGCGGGGAGCAGUCUCUGUGUACCCCCAGGGAACACCCCACCGUGGCCUUCGCAGACCUGCAGCCCUGGGUCUCCAACUUCACCUAUCCUGGGGCCCAAGAUUUCUCCCAGCUCGCCCUCGACCCUCCCAGGAACCAGCUCAUCGUGGGAGCCAGGAACUACCUCUUCAGACUCAGCCUUGCCAAUGUCACCCUCCUUCAGGCCACCGAGUGGGCCUCCAACGAGGAAACGCGCCGUUCCUGCCAAAGCAAAGGGAAGACAGAGGAGGAGUGCCAGAACUAUGUGCGCGUGCUGAUUGUCACGGGCCGGAAGGUGUUCAUGUGUGGGACCAACGCCUUUUCCCCAGUGUGCUCCAGCAGACAGGUGGGGAACCUCAGCCGGACCAUGGAGAAUAUCAAUGGCGCGGCCCGCUGCCCCUACGACCCUCGACACAAUUCCACAGCCGUCAUCUCCUCACAAGGAGAGCUCUAUGCAGCCACGGUCAUCGACUUCUCGGGCCGGGACCCUGCCAUCUACCGCAGCCUGGGCAGCAGGCCGCCGCUCCGCACGGCUCAGUACAACUCCAAGUGGCUCAACGAGCCCAACUUCGUGGCCGCCUAUGACAUCGGGCUGUUCGCCUACUUCUUCCUGCGGGAGAACGCAGUGGAGCACGAUUGUGGGCGCACCGUGUACUCGAGGGUGGCCCGCGUGUGCAAGAACGACGUGGGAGGCCGCUUCCUGCUGGAAGACACGUGGACCACAUUCAUGAAGGCCCGGCUUAACUGCUCCCGCCCCGGUGAGGUCCCCUUCUACUACAAUGAGCUGCAGAGUGCCUUCCACCUGCCUGAGCAGGACCUCAUCUACGGGGUCUUCACCACCAACGUAAACAGCAUCGCCGCCUCUGCUGUCUGCGCCUUCAACCUCAGUGCCAUCUCCCAGGCGUUCAAUGGCCCGUUUCGCUCCCAGGAGAACCCCAGGGCGGCCUGGCUCCCCAUUGCCAACCCCAUCCCCAACUUCCAGUGCGGGACCCUGCCCGAGGCGGGCGCCAACGAGAACCUGACGGAGCGCAGCCUGCAGGACGCGCAGCGCCUGUUCCUCAUGAGCGAGGCGGUGCAGCCCGUGAGCCCCGAGCCCUGCGUCACCCAGGACAGCGUGCGCUUCUCGCACCUCGUGGUGGACCUCGUGCAGGCCAAGGACGCGCUCUACCACGUGCUCUACAUCGGCACGGAGUCGGGCACCAUCCUGAAGGCGCUGUCGGCCACCAGCCGCAGCCUGCGCGCCUGCUACCUGGAGGAGCUGCACGUGCUGCCGCCCGGGCGCCGAGAGCCGCUGCGCAGCCUCCGCAUCCUGCACAGCGCGCGCGCGCUCUUCGUGGGGCUCAGCGACGGCGUGCUGCGGGUGCCGCUCGGCCGCUGCGCGCGCCACGCCAGCCGCGGGGCGUGCCUGGGAGCGCGGGACCCCUACUGUGGCUGGGACGGGAAGCAGCAGCGCUGCAGCACCCUGGAGGACAGCUCCAACAUGAGCCUCUGGAUCCAGAACAUCACCACGUGCCCCGUGCGGAAUGUGACUCGGGAUGGUGGCUUUGGCCCGUGGUCACCGUGGCAACCAUGUGAGCACUUAGAUGGGGACAAUUCAGGCUCUUGCCUGUGUCGGGCCCGAGCCUGUGACUCCCCCCAACCCCGCUGCGGCGGCCAAGACUGCCUGGGGCCAGCUAUCCACAUCGCCAACUGCUCUAGGAAUGGAGCGUGGAGCCCGUGGUCGUCGUGGGCCCCGUGCAGCACGUCCUGCGGGAUGGGCUUCCAGGUCCGCCAGCGAAGCUGCAGCAACCCCGCCCCGCGCCACGGAGGUCGCAUCUGCGUGGGCAAGGGCCGCGAGGAGCGGUUCUGCAAUGAGAACACGCCGUGCCCCGUGCCCAUCUUCUGGGGCUCGUGGGGCUCGUGGAGCAGGUGCAGCAGCAACUGCGGGGGCGGCGUGCAGUCGCGGCGCCGGGCCUGCGAGAACGGCGACUCCUGCCCGGGCUGCGGCGUGGAGUUCAAGACGUGCAACCCCGACGGCUGCCCCGAGGUGCGGCGCAACACGCCCUGGACGCCCUGGCUGCCCGUGAACGUGACGCGGGGCGGCGCGCGGCAGGAGCAGCGUUUCCGCUUCACGUGCCGCGCGCCCCUGGCCGACCCGCACGGCCUGCAGCUGGGCAGGAGGCGCACGGAGACCAGGACGUGCCCCGCCGACGGCUCGGGAGCCUGUGACACGGACGCCCUGGUGGAGGAUCUCCUGCGCAGCGGGAGCACGUCCCCCCACCCGCUGAGCGGGGGCUGGGCCCCCUGGGGCCCUUGGUCCUCCUGCUCCCGGGACUGCGAGCUGGGCUUCCGUGUCCGCAAGAGAACGUGCACGAACCCCGAGCCCCGCAACGGGGGCCUGCCGUGUGUCGGCGAUGCGGCCGAGUACCAGGACUGCAACCCGCAGGCGUGCCCAGUGCAGGGUGCCUGGUCUUGCUGGACCUCGUGGUCCCCGUGCUCAGCGUCCUGCGGUGGCGGCCACUAUCAGCGCACUCGUUCCUGCAGCCACCCGGCACCUUCCCCCGGGGAGGACAUCUGCCUGGGCCUGCACACAGAGGAGGCACUGUGUGCCACAGAGGCCUGCCCAGAAGGCUGGUCGCCGUGGUCAGAGUGGAGUCCGUGCUCAGAGGCGGGAAGCCAGAGCCGGAGCCGCCACUGUGAGGAGCUGUUCCCGAGUCCUGGGGCCUGUGCAGGCAACAGCAGCCAGAGCCGCCCCUGCCCCUACAGUGGUGUCCCAGCGACCCUGCCCGAGUCCAGCGUGGAGGAGGCCACCAGUUGCACAGGAUUCAGCCUCAUCCACCUGGUGGCCACUGGCAUCUCCUGCUUCCUGGGCUCCGGGCUGCUCACCUUGGCCGUGUACCUGUCCUGCCAGCACUGCCAGCGCCAGUCCCAGGAGUCUACUCUUGUCCAUCCUGCCACCCCCAACCACCUUCACUACAAGGGUGGAGGGACCCCCAAGAAUGAGAAGUACACGCCCAUGGAGUUCAAGACCCUGAAUAAGAAUAACCUGAUCCCCGAUGACAGAGCCAACUUCUACCCACUGCAGCAGACCAAUGUGUACACGACCACCUACUACCCAAGCCCAUUGAAUAAACACAGCUUCCGGCCCGAGGCCUCUCCGGGCCAGCGGUGCUUCCCCAACAGCUGAUGCCACGGGCCGGGCACACAGGCUCCUCGCUUUCGCAGGCACAGAGCCGGGGGAGAUGGACACGAAGCUGGAGCCACUUUGGUUUUCUCCUGUACCAGGCCGGGAACUUGCUGCUUUGCCUCGUGAGGGUCCAAUCCAGUGGCAGAGAGCUCUGCUUGGCACGGACCAUGAGGGACAGGGCUGGCUUGUCCCUGGCACCAAUUCCAGACAGCCCGCUCUCUCCUGCCCUCUCCGCCCACCAUCACGCUGCCCUCGCCUGCCAAGUCUGGGCUGCAUGUCUGAGCUUGGGAGAAAGUGGUGAGAGGAGGUGCCCAGA